CGUCACCUCACUUCACGAACGCGCCCAAAUAAUCCAUUAUGUUCCGUCUCACCCGCCCCCUCUUCCAAGCCGUGACAAAAACCACAACCGGCAUCCACGGCAUCCCCGUGCACCCCAACCCCCUCCCGGAGCUCAAAGCGACCUACGAAUCCACGCUCCAAGCUCUGCACUCAUCUAUCCCCGAGACGUCCGUCUACCGCCAGGGCGCGGAGGCGCUCACGCUUCAGAAGCUCAAAAUCGUGGAGACUGUGAAUGGGAAUAUCGAGGAGGCGGAGAAGCAGUUGGAUGAGGGGCAGAUUGAGCAGUCGUUGAUGAUUGCGAAGGAUGAGCUUAGUUUGGUGGGGAAGAUGGCGGAGUGGAAAGCAUGGGAGCCUCUUGAGGAGAAGCCAGAACCGGGGCAGUGGGAGUACUUUGGGAACACUUCGAACGCUGUACCGGGAUCGUCAUAGACUAUGGCCAUUUCACGGCCUCGCUAUUCUAUAUGACCAUCACCUCGCCAUCCUCUCUUACCGCCCUUGUGAUGUUUUACUACUAUGCCACUUCAGUGGCCUCCGACGUGAACAGGACGCUCUUGUGAGACAGGUUCUGGCGCGGCGCAGGGCUCUAUCACUCCGACGUUCAUGGUCAAGGGCCAACGAAAAGAAGACAAUAUAUUAC